UCCUUCUCUAUAUUCAUUUCUUGUUCAUGUUUUUCUAAAUUGCUUUUAUUUCCUAACAAUAUUUUUUGUUCAUGUUUCACUAAAUUAUUUUUAUUUCAUAGCAAAGUUGAGAUAGUCACAAUAUCUUGCUAUACGCGGAGUUCAUGGACAGGCCGGAUCACCACGGUCUCCUUUGGCCGGAAGAUUUGUAUAAAACUUUUUUAGUUACCAAUUGGGAAAAGAAACAGCAGAAUUAAAAUUUUCUCAAUUUCCCUUAGGUCCAAAGGGUUUAACCUUUCCCCUAGCAGACAGCCCCAAGGGAAGGCCUUCCUCUUCUCUCAGCAAAAUGGCCGAAGAUGAACGCAAGGAGGAAGUGGGAACCACAAUCGUAGAAGCAACAGUGGAAGGAGAAGAGAUGAAGCCGUGGGAACAGCACUCAGCAGUGAUAAGCAUCCCUCGUUUUGAUUACAAGGCUUCUUCUUCCCUCCUCAGCCAUUCCCAUUCUGCCUUCCUCAUCACUUGCCCCAUCAAGAGGGAGAAAAGUGCAACAAAAGAAGCUAUAGCUAUCCUUGAAAAGUAUAUUGUUUCGAAUCCUGAUGCUAAGAGAAGGAAAAUAUGCAUGGAAGAUGCUACUAAAGAAAGCAAUGUUUCAGGAGAAGAUGCAGUUAAUGAGCAUGAAAAUUCUGAAUCCGGUACUUCUAUAGAGAAAAGUGACAUUCUCUCACUUGUUAAGUUAACUAGAAGCGGAUUGCUUCUCUUUACAUUUCCAUUCGGCAAGUCCCCAGCAGUUGUUGACAUCGUUUCGCAGAUUUUUCAAUCCCUAGAAUCUGGAAUAUUGAAGUCUCCUCUUUGGUGCAAUCGGAUAUUACCAAUUCAAGAUACAUGCCGUUUAGAGGAGAAGGAACUUAAGAAGAUUGUGACUAGGCUCGUUGAUCAGUUUAUGACCAAUAGGCAGAAGGAGACUGGAAAUACUGUUAAGUUUGCAGUUGGGUAUAACAGGAGAGGGAUUGAGGAGACUGAGAUGAAGAAUCUGAGAAAAGCUUCUAGCGAUCCUGAUGUAUUUGCUUUGUUGGACCGCAACAAAUGCUUUAGCGUCGUGGCAGCAGCAGUGAAAGAAGUUGUCCCAGAUUCGACUGUGGAUUUGAAAGAUCCAGAGCUGUCUGUGCUUGUUGAGGUACUUCCACUUUCUAGAGUACCUGAUAAGACAGCCAUAGUUGGUGUGUCGGUUCUUCCACGAACACUUGUUAGUACAAAGCCUCGGCUCUGCAUCAAGGCCUUAGUCUCAGAUACAAAAGAGAUGAAAGGGAAGAAAAGAUAACAAUAUCUCUAUGAACAGGAAUGUUUCUUAGUCCCAAAUACUUAAGAGAUGAAUAGGAAGAAAAGAUAAAAUAUUUCCAUAAACAGGAUGCACACCUUCAAUUUUAUGUCGAUUACCUGCUGUUAUGUUGCUACAAUUGAGGGUAUGGCCAGAUUGGAGCUGCUAGUUGAUUCUGCACUAUUAUGAACCAGUAAAUGAUGCAUUUGGCCUUUAUCAGAUUUAAAUAUUUUUGAUGUGUUGUAUUGGCAAUGUA